UCAUUGCAGGAACGGCGUCAGCGGAACAAGGCUGCGUCUGCUAAAUACCGUGCUAAAAAGAACCAGCAGCAUGGUGAAAUGAGAACGCUGAUUACAUCGCUGACAAAAGAAAACGAACUCUUGCUUCGUCAAUUGGAUCACAUCAAACGCGAAAACGGUCGUCUCAAGACCACAUGCGACAGACUUCGAGGCAAAAAGGUCGCUGCCAAGAUUCUCAAACGGUUUUUG